AUGUCUAAUCCGUUCGCCAUCCUUGCUGAUUACCGUAAAGAGGGUCCCGCUGUUCCAGAACGCGAGAAAAUUGUCCGCCAAAAGGAUCGCCAUGAGUCCGGCACAGGCCGCCGCGACAAGACAAAGCGCGAGGGCCGUGGUAUGUCCAACUGGGGCCAGCCAGGUGAUGAGGCCAAGCCAGCUACAAAGCGCGAACAGCGCGUUGCUAAGGAAGAGGCUGAUGCCGCUGCCGAGCCAGUUGAGGAACAAGAAGAAGCCAAGCCACAGUUCGUUGCUGCCUCCCAAUUCUUCGAUAAUGACGAAGAUGAGGAAGUUGUUGGCGUUCCACAAAAGGCUACAAAGGCUGACAAGGCUGUCGACAACAAGUAUCUCCAAAUCAUGACACUCGAAGCCAAGAAGCACGCCGUCGUUAAGGAAGAACAAGAAGAGGACGAGAACGUUCUUGAAACACAAUUCCUUACAACAGAGCAGGCCAGAGCCCAGCGUGCUGCUCAGCAGAACAAGGGCCACCCACAGAAGCGUGAUUUCCAUGGCCCACGCCGCAACACAGACCGCAAGCCACGCCAGGAGCGCCCAGAGCGCAAGGAGGGCGAGGCUCCAAAGGCUGAGGGCGAAGCUCCACAGCGCAAGUUCGCUCGUACACCACGUAACCAGGGCGAAGCUCCCAAGGGUGAACGCCCACAGCGUCAGCAGCGCCGCGAUGAUGCUAAGAAGCCACGUGACCAGCGCCCAGGCAACGUCCAGCACCAGCGCAAUGCUGCCCAGAACAAGGUUGGUCGCCUUGACAUCUCUAACUUCCCAUCCCUCUAA